AUGAUCAUUGCCGGCGUCGCUCUGGUCGUCAUCAUGGUCGCCCAGCCUAGCCCUGUUCUUUUGGAAUGGCGAGCAAAGCACCUCCGCGAACUGACUGGUGAUAUCCGGUACCGCGCUGCCCAUGUGUCUACCUCUGCAAACUCAUUAGGCCCGCGUCUGCUCACCAACGUCUCCCAACCCUUCGUCAUGAUCUGGACUGAGCCUAUCAUCCUCAUCUUCAGUUUCUACCUGGUCCUUCUCUACUUCGUGCUGUUUACCUUCCUCAACGGCCACCCCUUCAUCUUUGCCAAUGUGUACGGUAUCAGCACUAGCUUGACCUUCGUCAUCUUCGUCGCCAUGAUUCCCGGUGUCAUUGUUGCUCUGGCUAUGAUCGCUCCUCUGUACAGCAUGACCAAGAAGGCCGCAACACAGGCUGAGGCUGAGGGUCAGGCUUUGCAGCCCGAGGUAUCGCUCUACUGGGCCAUGGCAGGCGCAUCUAUCAUGAUGCCGGUUUCUCUCUUCUGGAUGGCCUGGACCUGCUACGCCGAUUAUGCUGCUUCGGCACUUCGAUUCAUGACUUUCGCGCGAUACGUCGUCGCCGAUGCUCUCAGCCCUGCUUCUGUCAAGAUGUACGAGAACAUUUGUCCCCAUUGGUCGGUGACUAUUGUUGCUGUUCUGGCUACUCUCAUGGCGUCUGUUCCGUAUGCGCUUUACAAGUAUGGCCACAAUGUUCGUACCAUGAGCAAGAACGCGGUCAACAAGGCGUCGAUACCCAAGUUUUUGUUUGAGCCUUGUAUUUACCUGUCAGGAUUUGCACUGGGAUGGCGACAAAGCCACACACACCGUGAACUGAAGACAUAG